AUGGCGGAUGUCUACAGUAAAUGUUUCGUAAUCUUUGUUUGCUGUAUACAGUUAAUACGAGCACAUCCUUGUGGUGAAAAUCCACUGAGAGGUUUCAUUUCUUUAUCCCGUGUCACAGGUCGAGAUGUCAACAGACUGCUGGGAAUCUUAGAAACUGCCAAUGCGCCAUUAUUUAAACGAAUCGAAGGCGAGUGGCAAAAUUACGCUAAUUGUGUUGGAAUGGUGGAUACCGGUUAUUUUAAAAGAUCUCCCGAGAUAUCACGAGAUAUGAAAGACGAGAAUUCUCGAGAGUCGUCGAUUUGGUUAUUAAAGAAAUUAUAUAAUGGUCUGAGCGAGAACGAGAAAACAAGAGAUGAUAAAUGGACCAAUCAAAAUGAGAAUGAUAUCAUAACGAAAUGGUUGAUGAAAAGUUUGAGCCCCGAAUUUUUUAAUUACAAGAAAAGGUGGAGUAUAGUUCGUAUACCAUUAAAAAAAAUCAUUUUCCAUUGA